AUGAGCAGGCCUCCAGCAACAUCACGCAAGGUCACGCGUGUGCUGGUGCUACUGGCGCUGUUCUUGGUGUGUCGGCGAACAGCGCAGACGGCACUGGCUUUGCUUGGAGUGGGGGCCGUGCCGUUUUGCAGGUCGGUUCCUCCGGGAGCUUGGGCACCCAACUCGCUCGUUGCAAGCAGGGCUAAGGCCGAAAGCAUUGAAGACGACAAGGCCCCCUCAGAAAAGGAUGAGGUGGAAGAGGCGACGACCGAGGCCAAAGCCAUCUUCGAUCAGGGUUCGCGAACCAAGGCAGUGGAUGAGGCUGCCUCAGCACAGACCGCUGACUCGGUCGAAGAUGCCCAGGACGAACAGCUGCAGGAGAACAAGGAGGAUUUGGCCGCAGCCCAACGAGCACGAGACAGGGCAGAAAACGCGGUUGUCAGGGCCGACAAAGCGGUGACAGAACUUGACGAUGUGGUUGCGGAGCUGCGGAGGCGGUGGCUACAAGAAUUUCAAGAUGAGGUCAAGCAGGAGCUCAAGCACGACCUACAGGAUGCCAAGCAGGAGCUCAAGGACGCCAAGCAGGACCUCAACGACGCCAAGCAGGAGCUCAACGACGCCAAGCAGGAGUACGAGCAGGCCAAAGCAAGCGCCCAGGCAGGACCAGCGCAGGUUCUACAGGCAACGCAGCGCCAGGUGAAAAAACUCCCGGGUAGCGAGAUUUCCAACUGGGAUGACCGCGUCUUGAACUCGCGCAUCAACAACAAGGCGAACAGGCCCAUCCUUGAGAGGAAUGAAACUGUGCAGGAAGUUCUGGCCCAGAUCAAGAUGACCCAGGAUGCGGAUUUCAACAAACCCAGAGUCGUUGCUCUUUGGAGCCCAAGAGGCACCGGGAAGACAUCGCUCCUUCGACACCUUGCCCAGAGGGAGGAAUACGCCGAAAGCCGCAAGUGCGGACGCCUGCUUGUCUUGGAUGCUCAAGUCGUAAGAGACUACGUAGAUCAGGAUCCUGAGAGGCUACUGCGCGCCAUCAUCGUCUGGCAUCUUCUUCAAAUCUUUCACGAGCACACUGUGAACGAUGUGACAUUUCAGGCCACGAGUUUUGCAGAUGUGAUGGAGCUUGUGAAGGGCAAGGCCAACGAUGACCGAUUCAACACCAAUCUCAGAUCGUGGUUUUAUCAGUCUGGUCGAACCGUAGGGCAAGUGCUCGAACAGUGGAGGUCCCUGACUGGAACAGCAUUGGGGGCUUCAGACACCUGUCCUUUGCUGAUCUUCAUGGAUCAAGCGGAGCUGCUAGCAAAAGAACAGCAGGCGAUACGGAGUAGCAAGGGUGGCAUAAAGUCUGCCUUCACCAAUCUAUGCAGCCACCUACCCCAGAGAAUGGGAGUCUUUUGUGCUGGCACUUUGAACUUGAUGGAAGGAGUUCCGCACACCGAGUACACCCAGCUAAUGGUUCAUCGGAUGCCCGCGCUUGCACCCUUGUCUGGAGAAGCGGCUGCCACGAUGAUGGUCCAGAGGAGCGGGAAGCAGUACGGGAACGAUGUGUUGAAGCAGGUGCAUCUUUUCUCUGGUGGAGUGCCUCGUCUUCUGGAGUUUGCUUUCCAGGCACCUGGCGAGCUGUCAACAGAAGUAGUUGCCAUGAAUGCAAUGACCAUGUGCUUCAGCGACUCCUACGCAUCUGCCGCACCCUUCUUUGACAAUUCAGGUGUUGCUCUGUCGCUGGUUCUUUGCUCGGCGGUUCGCUGGAAAGUGUGUGAGCGGGCCAAAGUACCUGGCACGGAUAUCCCCUGGUCAGAGAUCUUCCAUGCAGGAGCUGCGUUUCCAUCUGGUGACACCGUGCUGGUCCCGAGGCUGUGGUGGUGUCGGGACGUGGCGGUCUCUGAGACGCUCCAACAAAAUCUGGAAGAUGUCAACAUCUCCUUGGAAGAUCUUUUGCCAGAUGCCAUGAAGUUGCUGCAGAAGAGCGGAGGGCCAACCGCAAGAGGUGUGCCAUGGGAAAAAUGUGUGGCAAAUGCACUGGCUGCAAGGUUUCGCCUGCAUUGCAUGGAAAGAAAAUCGAAUGCCAACGAUACCUGGGUUCCGUUCUUGGAGCUCUACCCCACGCAGGAUGAGCAUUUGCGUAGGGUUUUGCAGCCUUUUGAGGUAUGCUGGUGCGACGGUGUUGAUCUUCCGACGAAAGAAGCCACGGUUUUAGACAAGGUUGGGCGAGCCAUCAAGUGCAACUCUGCCUGUGCCUCAGCUCACCACGACUUGCUGAUCCCAGUGCGCCGAAGAGACACAGGGACCGAGUACAUGGCUGCGCAGUGCCGCUACGGCAGCAUCAAGGGAGCCAACGAAUUGGACAAAACAAGCCAAGCCAAAGCCAGGAAGCCGCAGAGGGGUGAAACCGUUGAGGACAUGCCCAAUGUGCUGCUCCAAAUCUGCAGCGAGGCCAAAGCGGGCUAUCAGGAGUUUCAAAGCAGACCUUGGAAAGAUCGUCAGGACCAGCACAGAUACAGUCUCAUGAACUGCAGCGAGAUCAUUGCACAGCUGGAGUGUUUUCGCCUCUUGCGCUAA